AUUCUUCACUUCCGACUAGUAUGAUAACAUCACUGCACCUGUUUAUAGAGUAGUUUUUUUUUCGUUUGCUCCUAUUUAUUCUGGAUACUCAAUUUAAUUACUUGAAAGAAGAAUAGCAUAGUUAUCAAGACCAGAUAAUGCGGUGAACACCAGAUAGAAGGAUGUUUGUGAAUUUGUAGUAAAGUGAAAAAUCUCUGGAGCAGAAUCGUGAAUCGUUGACAUUGCUGUUGCAUCAAGUGCCACACCUCCAUUUUUGCUAUUUUGGAGCUGAUUAAUUUGUAAUUUCAGAGAUGAUGCAAUUCAUGCUGCUGUUCAGUCGUCAAGGUAAAUUGCGACUGCAAAAAUGGUACGUCGCUCAUCCAGAUAAACUCAAAAAGAAAAUAACUCGUGAAUUGAUCACGACUAUUUUAGCUAGAAAGCCAAAAAUGUCGAGUUUUCUGGAGUGGAAGGAUGUCAAAGUGGUUUAUAAGAGAUACGCCAGUUUGUAUUUCUGCUGUGCCAUUGAGCAAAACGAUAAUGAAUUACUGACGCUUGAGAUUAUCCAUAGAUAUGUUGAAUUAUUGGAUAAAUAUUUCGGAAGUGUGUGCGAGCUGGAUAUAAUUUUUAAUUUCGAGAAAGCAUAUUUCAUCUUGGACGAGCUCCUGGUGGGUGGAGAGAUACAAGAGACUAGCAAGAAAAAUGUAUUGAAGGCUAUUGCUGCACAGGAUUUACUCCAGGAGGAGGAAACACCACAGGGAUUCUUCGAGGAUCACGGACUUGGAUAAUCCAUAAAUAGUCUCUCGAUCUUCACGACAUUCCAUUCCUGCAAAUUCAUCGUGGAGAUAUCUCGCUAGGCAUUUUCCCUCAUCUCGUUAAUGUAUUACUAUUGUUGAACCGGAGCAUUUUAUUUAAAGCACUGUAUUCAUCACUUUUUAUUAUAAGUCUGCUAUUUUUAUUUCCGUAUAUUUUAACCAACGAUAACCACCAAUUUAUUACUCCUCCAAUUCUUACCCUUCUCUCCUAAUUUGAGGAAGAUACUGUAAUAUUAUAUAAUUACAUUUUAAAUCGAUUUGUAGAGAUAAUUGAGGAAGAAUUUUGUUUCUAGAUGGUGCAGGCAUGAAAAAAAUUAAUAGAAACAUUUUUUCUCGAUAGGAAUUCCACAGAAUUUCUAUUAGAUUUAUAUUAAAAAAUUCUAUUUGUUAUUCACAUUAAUUUUAACAGUAAACAACGUCUGAUAAAAAAAUCAAGAUCUAUAAACAUUUUUUUUCAGACUAGUAGCAAAAAUAAAAUCAAAAUAGUUUAAUAAAAUUCUAAUAGAAAACCCAUAAAAUAUCGGAGAAAAUGUCAAGUUUUUUAUUAAAUUUUUUUCAUACAUGUUUAUUUAACAAUUAAGAUAGACUAACAUUACACUACUCCAGUCUUGACCGGCAACUCAACAAGAACACUUCACAAUCCUAAAAAAAACUUCACGAAGGUGCAAAGUUGUCUCUUCUCUCUUUAUUUAUACUCCGUUAAGAUGUAAAAAAAAAACGACAAAAAUAGGUCAUGCUUCGAGCUCCGUCCACACUACGAUGUAUAUGAGUAUAAUUGAUAAAGUUGGUUACAUUAAAAGCCUCAACUGUU